GUGCACUUACAUUCACCCUACAAUGCACUAGGAAGUGUGUGGGUUUUUUUUUUUUAAACAACAGGAUGAACUUUAUGAAACACCAUUUUGCGGACAAAUCCUGACAGUCCUCUCGGCAGUUGUGGUCAGUGAAUUGUUCUUCGCCUUUGCUUUCCUCGGUGUUCGGGAUCCCUAUCGGUGGAGGAUGCCCAGCAAGAAGAAGAAGUACAAUGCGCGUUUCCCGCCGGCACGAAUUAAGAAGAUUAUGCAAACGGAUGAAGAAAUAGGCAAAGUUGCUGCUGCUGUUCCUGUCAUAAUUUCUCGUGCACUAGAGUUGUUCCUGGAGUCACUCCUAAAGAAGGCCUGUCAGGUUACACAGUCUCGAAGUGCCAAGACCAUGACUACAUCACACCUGAAACAAUGUAUAGAGCUUGAACAGCAGUUUGAUUUCUUAAAGGAUCUUGUUGCAACUGUCCCAGAUAUGCAGGGUGAGACAGAAGACAAUCACACAGAAGGGGAGAGGGUAUCACGGAGGGGCCGCAAACCUGGAAGCAGCCGAAAGAAUGGAGGUACAACUAUGAAGGGAAAGGACAAAAAGCAAUCUGAAACAGAUUCAGAACAAGAGGACGAUUCUGAAGGCACAGAUACAGAAGGUGAAGAAGAAAUGUGUAUGACUCCAACUGCAAAUAUGCAAUCACAUGCGACAUUUCAAAGUCCCCCCCCGGCUCCAUCGUUCCUACAGUUUCAUUCUGUUCCAGUCAUGCCCCCAGCAGCUUCUGCUUUGCCCGCUAUGCCAGCUCCAUUGCUGUCCACUGGCUGUGAGGAGGAGGAGGAUUAUGACUCGUAG